AGUGACAUGAUAUCCACAACUACGGUUUAAAUUCAGUCCUUCUCAGUUGAGAGUUGCAUCAUGUGUCUUUACAUUUUUCUUCUAUUUUUUGGCAUUUAUACGGCUGUUGGGAUGGAGAGUGGUAUUACAGGAGGAAAAGAGGCUAAACCUCAUUCCAGGCCAUACAUGGCAUCUCUUCAGUAUAAUCGACAUCACACAUGUGGAGGGAUGCUGAUUAGACGUGAUUAUGUACUGACAUCAGCGCACUGUUUAAAUCGUAAUGAUUUCUCUGGUCGGAACCACUUAGAAGUUGUUCUGGGAGCACAUAAUAUCAACAAACAGGAGGAGAGCCAACAGAGAAUCCAAGUAGCGAAAUACAUUCGACACCCUAUGUUUGAACAGAACAACAAGAACAAGAACUACAGCUAUGAUAUCAUGUUGCUUAAGCUGAAGACCAAAGCCAAGCUGAAUAAAUUUGUAAAAAUUAUGGAUCUUCCUAAAAAAAAUGGAAAAACACCAGCAAAUGUGAAAUGCUCCAUUGCAGGCUGGGGCUUGAAAAACCCAAAUGAAAAACAGGCAACAAGUCUACUGCGGGAAGUCACUCUCAAACUGCAGGAGAAUUCAAUAUGUGAAGAAAAGUGGCAGUAUCACUUUAACUCAGAGAGAAUGAUCUGUAGUGUUUCAGAUGGGAAACACGCUUUUUGUCAGGGUGAUUCAGGAAGUCCUCUUUUCUGCAAUAAUAAACCACAAGCAAUUGCUUCAUAUACCUAUCAAGACUGUACAUUUAAAGAGUAUCCUGAAGUCUACGUAAAAAUCUCCUUCUUCCUCCCCUGGAUUAAAAAGAAGAUUGGUAAAAAUUAAAUAUAUGAUUGAAUUGAUUUCUUAUAAGUAAUAAGUACAUUUUAACCACUUAAAAAUGUUUUAGAACUAAAAGAUUCCAUUGACAUUUCAUUUAAAAUUAUGUACACUCACAUGAGACUCCAAUUAUGUCUCUCUCUUUACAUAAGGAUGUUUCCUCUCAUAGUGGCCUGGCUGCCAUGUUGAGAUCACAUGACUGAAUUUUACUCACUUAAUCUCAGUAACCCCGCUAAAGGACACUUUAAAUUAAUCUGUGAACAGGGUAUUUCUGCAAUAGCAUCUUUACUCAAACAGCUUCUGCGUGAUGAUGAAUUCACUUCGAAAGAUGUUAGUAGCCAAUAUAUAAGUCCAAGACCACUUUUGUAUUGGUUGUUUAGUAAACAUUAACAAUGAAUAAAAAAAUUGUUUAUGUGCACCUUUAAAUAUUUGCCUUUGGUGUCCAUCCAUUUGGAUUUAAACAUUCACUUUUUCUUGCUUUAAGUGUCAAAUUAAGUGUCUCUGUAUAUGUGGUUAGCCAAAAUUAGAUUAUUAAUAAACUGGUAUUAAUGUGUUGCCCUAGAAAGACAGAAAUAUUUUGAUUAAAAUUAAUUAAUUGCAGUUGAUUUAAAAAAAAAAAAAAAAAUAUAUAUAUAUAUAUAUAUAUAUAUAUAUAUAUAUAUAUAUAUAUAUAUAUAUAUAUAUAUAUUUUUGGCAGUUUAUGUUGGUGGUUUAAAAGUGCUUUUAGAUUUGCCAAACUGAACAAAAUAUACUGCUUUCACAGACGGUUUAUUAUUACUAUUAUUUUUCAUGAAUGUACAGUAAUUGUUGCUUUGUAGGGAUUUGUGCGUGUGUGAGUGUGACUCAUUGGUGGUCCUCAAAUCAGUCAGUUCCUGCAAAAACCAGUUGCCCAAUAUGUUUCCACACCUCUUUGCUCCAAGUGUAACUUUGUGAAAAGUCACCCUAUGAAGCCCCUGUGUUUGCAACUUUGCAUGCAAGUGUGUGGUGAGAGGUAUGAAAACAGCUGAAGGCAGGAUGUGUGUUUGAGCCAAAGUUUUGAAUGUUUUGGUUCACUUCACUGUGGUAUGGUGUUGUACCAUGCUGCUAUGUGGCUCUGUACUCUUCACUGCUUUCUUUCUGGUAGAGAUGACAAGAAUUCAUUGGUGUUUGUACAAAGUAAAAUUGGCAAAAGCAUUGUAUGGACUAUGUGCUAAUUGGGAUGUCAAAAUAACUUUUGUACGUGAAAUAAAACAAGC